UUUGAUUUUAACGAAAAAGAAAGUGAGUUGACGAGCUAUUUGAAACACAAGCACCACAUCCCCCCUAUAAAUACACCACCACCACCACCACCACCUCCUCCUCCGCAACCAUCAUCACCACCACCACCUCCUCUCCAAUUUCUCACUCUUCCUCUGUAUAUCACACACAGACGCGCGCGCACAAUGAAUCAGCAUGGCACGACUGUGACGCAAUUCGUGAUGGAAGCCUCAGUGGCGGAAUCCAUCGCCCAAUCUCUGAACCUCCCCUCCGUCCUCCACCUCCUCCCGCAUCUCGUCCACUCCGCCCAGUCCCUCGCCCGCCCCCCUAUCUCCAACUUCCACGUCGGCGCCGUCGGCCUCGGCUCCGACGGCCGCGUCUUCGUCGGCGUCAAUCUCGAAUUCCCCGGCGUCCCCCUCCACCAAUCCGUCCACGCCGAGCAGUUCCUCCUCACCAACCUCCAACUCCACCGCUGCCCCACCCUCCUCGCCGUCGCCGUCUCCGCCGCCCCCUGCGGCCACUGCCGCCAGUUCUACCAGGAACUCCGUCACUCUGCCUCCCUCCAAAUCCUCGUCACCGACGAGGACAAUUGCGUCCAGAAUCACGACCGCAUCCGAAUGCUUGAAAACAAAGCCCCCGAUUUCAUGCCCUUAUUGAAAUUUCUCCCCAAUCCCUUCGGCCCGCGCGAUUUGCUCGAUGACGAAGCCCCGCUUCUGCUAGAGCAGCACCACAAUCAUUUAGAUCUAUUGGAUCAAGACGAUUCCCAUACAGACGACUAUUCUGUAAAUCUCUGCAACGGAAAUGACAUUUCCGGUAAAUUAAGCAACGGAAAUUGCAGAAACCACGAAAUAAACGAGUCUCUUUUGAGGGAAGCAGCGCUGGAAGCUGCAAACAAUGCUCACGCUCCCUACAGUGGGUGCCCGUCGGGGGUUGCAUUGAUGGAUUGCGAAGGGAAGGUGUAUAAGGGCUCCUACGCCGAAUCUGCAGCGUAUAAUCCUAGUCUCGGGCCGGUUCAGUCGGCAUUGGUGGCGUAUGUGGCCAGAGGAGGAGGCGAUUAUGAGAGGAUUGUUGCGGCCGCGCUGGUUGAGACCAAACCGGCCAAGGUCAGGCAGGAUGAUACGGCGAGGCUGCUGUUGAAAGCAAUCUCGCCCAAGUGCGAACUUCGGGUUUACAACUGCCAAUCGGCCGGCAAUGUGGCAAUGUGUAAAAAGGUUGAUGUCUAGUUAUUUAUCAAAUUUUAGGAUCUCAAAUAUAAUAUCUUGCAACUGUAGAUUGGUCCUGCAAAUUUAUAUUGAUGAAUGAAUAACUGCAUUUCUAAUA